AUCAUGUGUUUCCAGUUAGUGACCUUGGCCAAAGGAUGGCGUUAGAACUGAGCAAUGUUGAUUCUGUUGUUCCUGUGAAAUAGUGCAGUAUCUAUUCAACAACUCUCAAAGAAGGUACUCACUCAAAGCUCAUAAGGUGUGGAUUCACGUCACAUUGUGUUAUUGGGUGAGAAGCAAUUGGGCCUGACUCUCUCUACAUCUGGGGUUGUUGGCAAUGUCAUCUCUUUCUGGAGUUUCCACCUUUUUCAUUUCAAUCUGGAUUAUAAGGGCUAUGACACAGAAUGUUCCUGAUUCAAUAGGUAUUGCAAUGACUGACUGCAGAAUUACUGGAAUAGCUCUCUUUACUGGAAAAAAUCCCAGUCAACCUUCUUUUGAUUUCAGUGAGGCGCAGGAAGUAUGCAAGCAGACAGGGCUAGUCCUGGCACGUAAAUCCCAGAUUGAAAAUGCUUUGAAGCAUGGCUUUGAAACCUGCAGCUUUGGCUGGGUAGCAGAAGGAUUCACUGUUAUUUCCCGGAAGACUUCUAACAUUAAAUGUGGUCAGGGCAAAACUGGAGUAGCCCAAUGGACCAUCAGUCAUGACAGGAAAUCUAAUGCCUACUGUUACAAUUCUUCAGAUACAUGGAUUAAUUCCUGUAUUCCAGAAGCAAGUACAACUGCAUUGCCAGAUGCUUUUACAGAGAUGAACACUACUUCUACCGAUUCAUCUCAGGACACUUCAGCAAUAACUAGAACAUCUGAGGCAAAGCCAACUCAAAGACUUCAUCCAUUAUUUCGCAUUAUAUGUGUAACAGAAACUAUUUUACCAACAGAAACAAUAAGAUAUGAAGAGGAAAUCACACUACCCCCAAACCGAGCAGCCUUUAAAAAUGAUGGUGUCAUAUUUGGUGGCAUACCCACCACUCUCCUGGUUCUAGCGCUUAUCUUCUUUGUAGCUGCAGUUGUUUUAGCUGUUUGCUAUAUUAAAAAAUACAAGAAAACAUUUCCUUUUUCUGGAAAGGAGGAGAAAAGAGAAGUAAUUGAAACCAAGGACAUGAAAGAAACAAAGCCAAGUGGCAAAACUCCAGAGCAGGAACCAAGGAAGAAUGAAAAAAAAGCUGAAGAAACUCAAGCUAAACCUGAGCCAUCAGUAAAAUGUAUGGAAGCAGAAGUUUAAAGAACUAAACACAAGGACAGCUAAAGCUGACAGAUUUUAAAUAAACAAAAUUUUUUAAAAAAUAGCAAAUUGUUUAUAAAUAGAUAACUGUAAAUAAGGACAAAAUGAAUAUUAUGUCUUUCCCUGUACAAACGUGUUUUUUUUUUAAUGCAUGCUAUACCUUCUUUGAAUAUUACCUCAUUUUAUGUACAGGAACAGUUUUCACCAAAACAAUCCCUAUAUAAUUCUUGUGUUCCAUAUGACAACUAAUGCCAGAUAUUUGUUUUGGAUUCAACCCAACUGAACCCUAGCUUAAAGAAGGCCUUCUAUCUAGAUCAUGUAUAUAAGUAGUCACUCCUUUUCCUGUGUAGAACACUGAUCUCAUAUAACAUUGCACAGAGAAUCCUCAGUAUUUGAACUUUGGUGUAUCUAGAAACAACUCCGAAGCAACAUUUUUUAUUGCAGAAGUUGAAAUAAAUUUUUGUGAUUUCAGGGACUGUUACAGGCUGUCUCCUUCUACUGUCCAGUUCAUACAGAGAUUUUUCUACUAUUCUUGUAAAUAGAAAUUUCACAUAGAGAGAAAAAGAUCUAUAAGACAUAGAAACAAGUUGUUUUAUCCAGCCAUUCAAAUUAAUUUUUCCUGAACACACUUACUUUCAACAAGCUACCUUGGCUUCAUUUUCUUGAGAUUUUCCAGUAAUGUAUCAUAAACACAAAUUGUAGUCCAACACCUGAAAACAGACAACAGAAAUAAAUAAGAAUUGUAAGAUGUUCUCCUCAAUAGCUCUUUUGCUAAAUAUGACAUGUUCAUAUUUAUUACCAUUUUCAAUUAAUUACAUAGACCAUAAUGUAUUAAGAACUGAUAUGUUGCCAAACUCCUGUUGUUCAUUCCAUAAUAGACCAUUUUACUCUAUUUACUCUAUUAACUACAUAAUUUUCUAUACAUCUUAGCAGGCAGAGAUAGCUGGAGCGAUACCAUCCGGUGUGUGCAUGUAUGCGUGUGUGUGUGUAAAAUCUGGAUCCCAAACAUAAUGUAACAUUCCUUCAGUGUACAAUGCAAUAAACAAUUCUGGAAAAUUA